GUGACUUCUUCACCUGUGCCCCUCCUGUUUAUUUCUACUGUGGAGUCGAGUCGCUGCCUACGCAUAGAUUUUAUUCGUAGGAGUUUUGUAAACUUUUAGAAGUUUAUCUUGUUAUAUUAAGCAAGUUCCCGCUGUGUUUUUUUGUCUAUUUUUAAAUUUUUAUAUCAUUUGUAUAAGUUUUUCAUCUCCUUCUCUGUGGACUUCGACCUCGCUGAGGCACCUGUCAGAAACAAGGAAGUCCCGCUGAACCCGUCUCGUAUGUGAAGCUGAAACGGCUUUUUUUUUUUGCAAAUGCUCACGGUUGAGAAGCAGGUGUUUUGUUCUCAAUGCUGAUCCUUUAACGCGGCUGACCUGGGUCGAUCAGUGCCAUCUAAGCGAGUUAAAGCUGCUUCCCUCUGCCUCGGAACAAGAUGAACGGCUCUUUGGUCAUGGAUUCGUCGUCCGAAAAUAACUCGAUUGUUCACCUGGACGAGCCAAUUCUCCCGGACAACAUGACCAUCAUUCGGACAAGAAACGGGUCACUCCAGGAGGGUCAGAUGUUUCUGAACACCACGUCUGCCCAGGCUCUGUCUGGGAUAUUCGUCUUCUCCGCUUUGCUCAUAACAUGCCACCAGAUCUACACGCACCUUCGGUCCUACACUGUCCCCAAUGAGCAGCGCUACAUCAUCCGCAUACUGUUUAUUGUACCAGUUUACGCCUUUGACUCCUGGCUCAGCCUGCUGUUCAUCAGCAACGACCAGUACUAUGUGUACUUCGACUCUGUUCGAGACUGUUAUGAAGCUUUUGUUAUUUACAAUUUCCUGAGCCUGUCUUUCGAGUAUCUCGGAGGAGAGAGUGCAAUCAUGUCCGAGAUUAGGGGGAAGCCCAUCCAGUCAAGCUGUUUAUACGGGACGUGUUGUCUGGUUGGAAUGAGCUACUCCAUCGGCUUUUUAAGAUUCUGCAAACAGGCGACACUCCAGUUCUGUGUUGUCAAACCCACCAUGGCAGUCAUCACCAUCAUCCUGCAGGCCUUCGGCAAAUAUCACGACGGGGAUUUUAAUGUUAAUGGAGGCUACCUGUACAUCACAAUCAUCUACAACUUCUCCGUAAGCCUGUCCCUCUACGCGCUCUUCCUCUUCUACUUUGCCACAAGUGAUCUGCUCAGACCGUUCGAACCAGUACUCAAAUUUCUCACAAUAAAAUCCGUCAUCUUUUUGUCCUUCUGGCAAGGAAUGGUCCUUGCUAUCCUGGAACGAUGCGGCGUCAUUCCCAAAGCGCUUUUCAUCGAAGGACAUGAAGUGGGUGCCGGCACCGUCGCAGCCGGCUGGCAGAACUUCAUCACCUGCAUUGAAAUGUUCUUUGCUGCCAUUGCGCUGCGGUACGCCUUUACCUGCACCGUCUACCAGGAGAAGAAAAACGAUGUGCCAGAGUCUCUCCCCCCGAUGCAGAGCAUCUCCAGCGGCUUAAAGGAAACCAUGAACCCAGGAGACAUGGUGCAGGACGCCAUCCACAACUUCUCCCCAGCCUAUCAGCAGUACACUCAGCAAUCCACACAGGAGGUCACCCAGCCCAGCGCUAAUGGAAAAGUGGCCACGGGCAACAAGAACUCUCGCAAGUCGGACAAAAUCAUGCUGAUUACAUCAGAUGAUGAGUUCUAGGCGUUUUCUCCAGCAAGAGACCCAGGUGUUAGUGCCCUCCCCACCCCUACCUCUGACCCUCUUGGGGGGGAAAAAAAGCUGUGUCCAUCGCUCUCACAGCUGGGCUGAACACAGGCGAUUCAUUUUCACGAGCAAGCGUUUAAGGAGGACUACCUGCUUUUGUUCCAUUAUAAUGAUGAUUUAAUCAGAGGACGUGGAGGAAAUUUUAACGGUUUUAAAUCACGUAGCUGAAUGGGCUGAGAACUGAUCCGUCUCCAUCUUGCUGUGAUAAUCUGGAAAGUGACACGUCAUCUUCGCUUCAUCACACGAGUCGGGAACCACGCGCUUCCUUUAAAUCAAGCAGCCAGAUUUUCAGCUGCGUCCCCCGAUGCCGACUCUGUCGUCGUCGUCGUCGUCGUCGCCAUCUCGCCACGGCAGCCUCUCCGGCUGUCUGAAGUGUGAUCCCCCUGAAUCAUGUCAGUUUCAAAGAGCAGAUGAUUAAUAUGUGACUCCAGGUGGGAGGCAGGGAAGCAGGCGAUGGCUGAGAAUGGCACUUCAUGGACCGUUACUCACAUCUGCUUGUUUGAAGUAUUUGUUGAGCGUUCCUCGGCAUGGUUCCCUGACAAAUGAAAGGCUUUUGUUCAAAGACGCAUUAGUUUUGGAGCAGGCAAUUGAAACUGCAAACUGCACUUCACUGUCCUUUGUUUCCACCGUAGCAGGGGCAAAUUAAAUAAACCUGUCACCUACAAAGUGGGUGGUUGGAUAUUCUCAUUAAUUUUCUCUGCAUGCUAAAGAGUAGCCUAACUAGAUACCUAUGUAAUAGAUUCUAGCAGUUAAUUGUUUAAUAGUGUUCUCUAUUGUAACUAUUUUGUGUAGUUUUUAUUUAAUUUUCAUGCUAACAUCCCAUCUUGCAAGGGUUAGGAAAGCUGCUUGAAAGUUGUUUGUUGUGCUGCUCAGUAUGGUCGGUUUAUGUAAAAAUAUUGAGUUGUAAACCUGUUCUAUUUAUUUUUGAAAAGUUCAGACCAUUUCAGGAAUUGAAAAGUUAUAAAUUGUAUGUUUAUUCCCUUUUUUAUUACUAUAAAAUAUCUAUGUAAUAAGUAUAGCUUUUCAGGGACCUCACUAUUAUUCAAAAGUCUGAAUUUCUUUAUUUUAAUCCUCUUGUGCCAACAAUGUUUUUUUUUUUUGUUUGUUUUUUUUCUUGGGGAAAGAACUAUAUAUUGCAAAAGUAUACAUGAUAGUUUUAAGCUGGUCUCAAAAUUCAAAUUAAAUGACUUGUCUGAAACUUUGAUGCAACAAACUGAGUGAACCUUUUAAUGAGGAACAAGCUUUUAUUUAAAGGUAUAAAAACAGACACGGCAAUGCUAAUAAAAGGAAUAAUUUCUUUUCAAUCAGGGCAGAAAAAAAAGUUUUAUUUGUACAUGAGGGUAGUUCAUUAAGAAAACAUGUAAAUAAAUGAAAGGAAAAUAAAAAAUAAUUUAGCUUGUUUUUUUUUUUAAUACAAUUACACAAAUCAAUAAAAUAAAUACAAAACAUAUGAGCACAUUAAUGACAAGUUUUAAAGGGUAAAUAACUGGUUUAUGCUGCCAUUUACUGUCCUUGUUCAAGGUUAGUAUAGACGGCAACUAGUUGGCCUCAACUCAUUGCUUGGGGAAAAAACAAAACUCUUCUACUCCAAACUAAUUAAGAACAGAAAUUACAGAUAUUAAAAUAGCAUUUGAUUUGUGUCGUCCUUUCAACAUUGUUAUAGCUAAUUCUACGUGGCUAAAUUUAAACAGUAGCUUGUAGACUGGCAGAACUGGUGUUGAAAACUUAUUUUAUCAGACCUGGUUCAGAA